UCCAACUCUAAUUCUCCUCUCUUUAUUCCAUGCAUUCCGUUAACCUUCGAUUUCUGAUCUACAUGUGAAAAUUCUCUAUGGAUUCUCAUUUAAUUCCGCCGAUAUCACAACUUUUCUGUUCAGUCUGAACCAUCUGCUACUGAAUUAGGGUUCUACGCAACGGAAAAGGAAGGGGAUCGCUAGGGUUCUUCUCAAAGCACACUUAAUCGAGAGAGAAAGAGAUAGACAGCGAUGGCGGAAGUGCGUGGGUCUGAUUUUCAGAUAUAUAACACCAUGACGAAACAGAAGGAGAAAUUCGUGCCCUUAGUUCCUGGCAAAGUCGCCAUGUACGUCUGUGGCGUUACAUCUUAUGACUUCAGUCAUAUUGGUCACGCUCGUGCCUAUGUCGCCUUCGAUGUUCUCUUUCGGUAUUUGAAACAUUUGGGCUAUGAAGUUAAAUAUGUCCGAAACUUCACUGAUGUAGAUGACAAGAUUAUCAAAAGAGCCAAUGAGCUUGGGGAGGAUCCACUAGCUUUAAGUGGUAGAUUUUGCCAAGAGUUUCUAAUCGACAUGGCUGAUCUUCAAUGCUUGCCUCCUAAUGAACAACCUCGUGUCUCAGAUCACAUGGAUCAAAUAAGAGAUAUGAUAUCAAAGAUAAUUGACAACAAUUGGGCUUAUCCUGUAGAUGGAGAUGUCUAUUUUUCAGUUGGAAUUCCUCCCAAUAAUUUUCCCAAUUACGGGAGGUUAUCAGGGAGAAAGCCUGAAGACAAUAGAGCUGGUGAACGUAUUGCUAUUGAUUCAAGAAAAAGAAAUCCAGCUGAUUUUGCAUUGUGGAAAGCUGCUAAGCCAGGGGAGAUCAGUUGGGAGAGCCCGUGGGGCCCGGGAAGGCCAGGGUGGCAUAUUGAAUGCAGUGCAAUGAGUGCAACUUAUUUAACAGAAAAAUUUGAUAUUCAUGGUGGUGGAAUGGAUCUAAUCUUUCCACAUCAUGAAAAUGAGAUUGCUCAAAGCUCUGCUGCAUGUCCAAAUAGUAAUAUCACUUACUGGAUGCACAACGGUUUUGUCACUGCAAAUGAUGAAAAAAUGUCAAAAUCCAUUGGCAACUUUUUUACUAUUCGUGAGGUGACUAAAUUAUAUCACCCACUUGCUUUGAGGCAUUUCUUGAUGGGCACACAUUAUCGUUCUCCAGUCAAUUACUCAAUUUCUCAAAUCGAGAUCUCCUCAGAAUCCAUCUUUUAUAUUUAUCAGACUCUGGAAGAUUGUGAGAGUGCUGUUGCACAAGAAAAGGAUUUGGCUGCUACUGUUUCUGGUGGGAAAAAAUAUCCAUCGACUGCUGAUGCCCAAAAGUGUAUUACAGAUCUUAAAACUCACUUUGAAAAAAAAAUGUCUGAUGAUUUACACACACCUUCUAUUCUCAAUGACGCUCUCCAAGAAGCCUUAAGAUUGCUCAAUAAAAUACUAAGCAUGCUCAAGAAAAAGCUUCAAAAACCACAGAAGUUAUCAUACAUUCAGUCGCUGGUUGAGUUGGAGAAAGAAGUGAGGGACGUUUUAGACGUUUUAGGACUGCUUUCCAGUUCUACAUAUACCGAGGUUUUGAAGCAGUUGAAAGAGAAAGCAUUGAAGAGAGCUGAGUUGAGUGAAGAGGACAUAUUACAACGUAUUGAAGAACGUGCAUUGGCUAGAAAGAACAAAGAUUUCUUACGUGGUGAUCAAAUCAGGAGUUAUUUGACUUCAAAAGGUAUUGCUUUGAUGGAUGUUGGGAAGGACACCAUUUGGCGCCCAUGUGUGCCAGCUGGCGCAGAAGAAGAAAACCCGACACAGACUCUGGUCAAGGCAUCAGAUGGUCAACUGCCGGGCCCACCUGACACCUCAGAUGGUCAACUUUCCAAGUCAGCUGCGGUGUUGACUCUGUGAACUAGAAACCUUCUUCUAAGAGUUAUUAUGAUGAAUACUUGUGUUUUAAUUUGUGAUAUGUUGGAAGCCUUGUUAGAAGGGCAACAAUGGUAAUAUUGACAUUUUUGUUGGGGUAUAUUUUUUUUCUUCAAAAAUUAAAUUGACAUUUUUGUUGGGGUA